AUGGAGUUUCGUUUCGUCAAUCACGGCCCUGGCCGCCCCAACAACCGCAAGGUCAUUCGUAGCCACGUCAUGAAGGGGAAGAACUCUGGAAAGAGGCACGUCUCCCGGGGCCAGACGAGGAGGAAGCAAGAGACCCCAGAUGGGCCCGCUCCGCCGCCGCCCGGGGACAUUGUUACCACGUUCCGCCGCAUGAUUUCUGUGCCGUUGGCGAAGCCUUGUACCCUUCCGAGUUCUGCCAUCCGCAAGACCCCGUCAAGUCUGCGUGGUUCGACCAACUCCUUACAGACAAAGCCUGUGAGUGCUUCAAGCCGAAAAACAAAAGAUCUAAAAAGUCUCAUACCAUUAAAUUCGAUGGCUCACUAUUCAAAAGUCUUCCACGUCUCCCUCUCAGUGACGGCGGCAUGGCUCGACUUCUUCGAGUACAAGGAGCGCGAAUCACCCGCGGCCAUCGCCCACAUGACGCAGGCCUUUGCCCUCGUCAACCAGAGGCUCUCAGGCCCGGAGAGCACAUCGGACCAGACGAUCGCAUUGGUGUGCAUGCUCGUCUGUCAGGAGUCGAUAAGAGGGGACCUCGAGAGGUACAGGACUCAUCUCCUCGGCCUCACGCGCAUGGUCGAGCUGCGAGGCGGCAUACACGUCUUGGAAGAAAAGGACGACGUCGUGCACAAGAUAUUCCGGUGA